AUGAACGGCACAGAGGGACCAUAUUUCUAUAUCCCUAUGCUCAACACUACCGGCAUUGUCCGGAGUCCUUAUGAAUAUCCUCAGUACUACCUUGUCAACCCGGCAGCUUACGCUGCCCUGUGCGCCUACAUGUUCCUGCUCAUCCUCCUCGGCUUCCCCAUCAACUUCCUCACUCUCUACGUUACCAUCGAACACAAGAAGCUGCGAACCCCGCUAAACUACAUCCUACUCAACCUGGCUGUGGCUAAUCUCUUCAUGGUGUUUGGAGGAUUCACCACAACGAUGUACACCUCUAUGCAUGGCUACUUCGUUCUUGGUCGUCUUGGCUGCAACCUGGAAGGAUUCUUUGCUACCCUCGGAGGUGAAAUUGGCCUCUGGUCGUUGGUCGUUCUGGCUGUUGAAAGGUGGAUGGUUGUCUGCAAGCCCAUUAGCAACUUCCGCUUUACGGAGAAUCAUGCCAUCAUGGGUUUGGGCUUCACCUGGUUUGCAGCUAGUGCUUGUGCCGUUCCCCCUCUUGUGGGCUGGUCCCGUUACAUCCCUGAGGGCAUGCAGUGCUCAUGCGGAGUUGACUACUACACCCGUGCAGAAGGUUUCAACAAUGAAUCCUUUGUUGUCUACAUGUUCGUCUGCCACUUCCUCAUCCCACUGAUUGUCGUGUUCUUCUGCUAUGGCCGACUGCUCUGCGCUGUCAAGGAGGCUGCUGCUGCCCAGCAGGAGUCUGAGACCACCCAAAGGGCUGAGAGGGAAGUCACCCGUAUGGUUGUUAUCAUGGUUAUCGCUUUCCUGAUAUGUUGGUGCCCCUAUGCAGGUGUGGCCUGGUACAUCUUCUCAAAUCAGGGUUCUGAAUUCGGCCCACUUUUCAUGACCAUCCCCGCCUUCUUUGCCAAGAGUUCCUCCAUCUACAACCCUCUGAUCUACAUCUUCAUGAACAAGCAAUUCCGCCACUGCAUGAUCACCACCUUGUGCUGUGGAAAGAAUCCUUUCGAGGAAGAGGAAGGAUCCACUACUACCUCCAAAACCGAAGCCUCCUCUGCCUCCUCCAGCUCUGUGUCACCAGCAUAAUAGGGCCAUCUACCAAAGGCUCCAUGAUCCACUAUCCAAGAAGAAGACUUCUGCUCCUCUCGGGAAACGACUGAAGGCUAAUGUCCACAGAAAUAACUUCUUUUUUGUAUUUCUACAAACAAAGUUGUUUAAACCUAAAGACAGUUACAGGAAAGGUCAGCCCAUUACAGAGUUGUUCCUGUAUGUACAGAAUAUCCAACUUAACAGUCUAUGAUUUUUUUCCUAUGAGUUAAAGGGGAAAAAUGUUAUCUUUUACAGUUGGAUCCUAUAUGAUAUUGGCUUAUUUUUGAAAGUAGAGGCAUGUAAUCAAGGCAACGUAAAAUAAAACGCACUUUGCAAAUGG